AUGACAAAGUCCAUGAAUUUCUUCCAGAACAUCAUUAAACCCUUCAAACGCAGCUCCAAUCGAGGCCUCGAAGACGAUAUCGAGAAAAUCGCUGCUCUCGAGCAGAAAGUUUUCCCAUUUCAAGUCCUAGUCUCCGCCACCAAAGAUUUCCACCCGACCCACAAACUCGGCGAAGGUGGAUUCGGUCCCGUCUUCAAGGGAAGGUUACAUGACGGGAGAGAGAUAGCAGUGAAGAAGCUAGCUCAAGGCUCAAGGCAAGGCAAGAACGAGUUUGUAAACGAGGCUAAGUUGUUAGCUAAAGUCCAGCAUCGGAAUGUGGUUAAUCUCUGGGGCUAUUGCACACAUGGAGACGAUAAGCUCUUGGUCUAUGAGUACGUCGCUAAUGAGAGCCUCGACAAGGCCCUCUUCAAAUCUAAUAGAAAAGCGGAGAUAGAUUGGAAGCAGAGGUUUGAGAUCAUAACUGGCAUUGCAAGAGGACUGCUCUACCUCCAUGAAGACGCACCAAACUGUAUCAUCCAUAGAGAUAUUAAAUCUGGCAACAUUCUGCUUGACGAGAAAUGGGUUCCAAAGAUUGCAGAUUUUGGGAUGGCAAGACUCUAUCAAGAAGAUGUAACUCAUGUCAACACUCGCGUCGCAGGAACCAACGGUUACAUGGCGCCGGAGUAUGUAAUGCACGGUGUUCUAUCGGUGAAAGCAGACGUGUUCAGCUUCGGGGUUGUGAUUCUAGAGAUCAUCAGCGGCCAGAAGAGUUCUAGUUUUAGUAUGAGACAUCCUGACCUGACUCUUCUUGAAUGGGCGUAUAAGUUGUACAAGAAAGGGAGGUCGAUGGAGAUAGUUGACACGGAGAUAGCAGCUUCGGCUGAUCCAGAGCAAGUCAAGCACUGUGUUCAUAUUGGUUUACUCUGUGUUCAAGGCGAUCCGCACGAGAGACCGACUAUGAGACGAGUGUCUCUGCUUCUCUCGAGAAAACCGGGAAAUUUAGAAGAACCGGACGGUCCGGGUGUAGCGGGGUCUAGGUACCGACGUAGAACGCAUCAUCAUCGGCCUUUUGGGGUGGUUUCCUCGGUUGGUACACAUUCGACCACUGGUUCGAGUACAGAUUCUUUUGGUUCGAACUUGAACUCGAACACUGGAACUGGGAGAGCUACUCCGGCGUCUUCUAGGACUCCGACUCGGGCUCACGCCACUAGAAGUGCUGGUGCAGGUGCGAGCUCUAGCUCGGACCCUAACGGGAAACGACCUAUGAGUUAUUGA